AUGGAAGAAGAAAGCGCGCUGACAGAAGGUGAACCCGGAGAAUUGGUUUGCUAACGCUUUUUGAAAAAACAUGUAACAUACGCUUUUCAGGGUGAUUUAAGAUGGUAUAUAGAGAGACCUGACAAUCCGGAAGAAGUUGUCGAGAUAAGAUCCUUCGCAUUCCAUCAAGACUUCCGAGCGAAUAGAUGUAUGAGUUAUGACGACUUGAGUGAGUUUUACGCCUUGGAUCAAAAUAUAAAUAAUCAGAAUUUGCUUUCAGAGGUGUUGCAAUACACACUCCUCUCGAGAUACGCUCACAUUCUUCGGUGCACGGACGGUUACUUCAUGCUCAUGUCCAGAAUGGAUGACACUUUGGGCAACGCUCUUCUGGGAAUGGCUCACAACAAUCCACUCUCAUUCAUUCAGUUCGAAUACCAGAACUUUUCACUCAACGAGCGUUCUUCGAUUCCCGUUCCUCAAUCUGCCUUUUCAAAAGCAACUGUUUGUACUGAUCUGAAAAUUGAGGUGUUUCUUUUUGAGAAUUUGAAAAUCCAAUCUACACAUCACGCAUUUUCAGUUCUCGGAAAUCACUCGAUAUUUCAAAUCAGAAGUUCUGCCCGGACAAGGACUACACAGUGAAGUUCAGCGAUUGCUGACCGGAAGGUGUACUCCUCAAGAAGUAGUUGAAUUGCAAAACACUCUCUUGGAGGAACAUUUUGAGAAAUACGGGCGUCCGAACAAAAGAGAAAAGCGAUGUUACCUGUGCUGGAUUUGUCAAACGGAAGAUGAACUGUAUCGGGAAUACCGUGUGGAUGCAACCGUUUCUUGGGCUCCUGCCUGCAUGUCACAUAUGAACAGCUCUGAUCGACUUUGUAAGUUUUAGGCUUGAAAGUUUGUCUAUGUCUAUAACUUUUGCAGCAGCAGCCAAACUUUUGCUCAAAAAGCGUAUCUUGGAAGUUCCUCAGUUCAAACAGCAUUAUGAUCGAUUUGCAAAUCAAAUUUGUGACUCGAGGGCACUCAUUUACGGCGCUCUGUUUGUAAAUGCAAAUCUGCUCAUGCUCGAAUUUGAGCAGGACAACUUUGAAUCGGAUUACGAGUGAGUAAUGAAAGCACAUUUUUCAUCCCAAAUUUCAACUUCUUUUGCCGGUGGACUAAACCAAAACCUCUCGAUCAGUUCGCAAUACCCCCAAACGAGAUAAUUCUUUCAAAAUGCUGCUUGGAAGGCUUGUCGGAUGCUCAUUUGAAUGAAAAUCAGGAGAACGCUGAAAAAGAAACGGAGAAUCCUUUGAUCCAAAAGAAAAUUGAUCUGGUCAGGAAAUGGAAAGAGACUCUCAAGUCUUCAUCAGAAUCUCUUAUUUGUGAGUUAAGUUUUUUUCUGAAUUUUGGCAGAAAAGUUUUUCAGUGUACACAGAAAUGAUAGUGGAAUACUGUCGUAAAACGGGAAACUUCAUUCUUGCAACUACGAUCGACAGAGAGGCCAGUGGACUGUUCUAUGCUCUGAACAUCAUGCAAUACCGAGAGAAACUUCCAAAAACGAGCGACACUUUAACCGACUAUCUCCUCACUCUCAUCCUUCACUGUCUCGAUCCUGACCACAGUAAGAUUUUAAAAAAGCUCAAAUUAUUUAGGAAACGUACAUUUAGAAUUGACGAGUGCUGAGCUCAACUUCUUGAAAGUGUGGAAUGGCUUGGCAGUCGAAAAGAUAGAGCUGAAGAUUGCAUACGCUGAAAACUUUUUUGGAACUGCAAAGCGCUAUGCAAAAGAUAGAACAAAUUCAAAAUACAAACGGGUCAUGUAUAAGAAUAUCUACAAAUGCCUUUCAAAACUAGGGCAGUUCGUUUGGAACAAGACUCAUCAGAUAUACGAAGAAGUUCCAUUAGAAUUUCUUGUGGAGCACCUUAAAAUAUACUGAUAGUAACAUGAAUAAAUGCUUUCAGUUUACAUGUUAUGCAGUUUUGUUCGGGAUAUGGUUGUACAUCUUUCUCCCUUCCAAGGGUUAUCUUGUUUCUCGGAAAUUUAGGUGUUUAUCUGUUAAUCAUUCGUUUAAGGACAUUAUGUCUACUCUUGACAGUCCAGAUGUUGAGACAGAACGAGUAUUGAGGCCAAAGAAGAGAAUAGUAGAGGUGGUUGAUGCCGCAACAAGUCCAACACGGCCCAAGGAGCUUAUUAUAGUAAGUAUUUCGCAUUAGUUGCUUUUUAUUUCAUUUUUUCAGCCGAUAUUACGUUGGCCCGCUUUCCUACCAACUGGAAAAGUUCGCGAGAUCAGAAUGCGUGACGUGACUGAAGACAGUCCCGUUUACGGGUACAAAAGUAUCCCUCGGGCAGGAACAAGUAAGCAAUACCACUGUUAACUUUGUAUUCUAUUGUCUUCCAGUGUAUGGAAGUGACGUAACCCGUGCGCGUCUUAAUUUUCUCCACAAAAUGGCUAGCAACUACAUACCGAUCAUCAAUCACGUAUUAUUAGUGGAUAGAGCUGAACAUUGGUUCAAAUACGUCUUUCCUAACAACGGAAGUGGUUUGAAACUGAUGGAAUUCGAGUUCAGAAACUUUGGAGGUCUUUUCGAGUAGGUCAUCUGACGGGUACGCCAGUGAAAGUUUAACGAUUAAGUUUCAACGCCCCAAUACCAAACAUUUUGGGACUCAAAAUGCCCGCCGAAUUUGUGGCUGGGGUCGAAUCCGAACGGGUCAGUUGUACCGGCGCAACAAACCAAACUAACCCAUUAGUUUAAAGGAGUACUCAGCUGGCCAGUUGGUUUUCGGAAUGACCGACCGCAAUUUCAACUUUAUUCGUGAUGAUCUCAACUUGGAGACAGGUCGUUUGGAAGGAAUGGCCAAGUGUCACACGUCUUAUUAUCGCUGGCUGGGCAAAGGGCCGGACGAUAUGUACAGAGAAUACCGUUUCGACGAGAAAUGGACUUGGAGCACUUUUGAAAUUGAAAAACAGUCUGAUGAAGAAGUGAAUAGUCAGUUGAAUUUGUAAAAAAAAACCACCAAAAAAGUUAACUUCAGAGAAAGCCUUGAGUUUCCUGAAUUAUGCUAUCGGAAAAGGCGGAAAGCAUGCUGAUGAGUGGAAGUUAGUCUUGAAAAGUGCCGAGAAAACCAAGGCUGUGAUUUUCUAUUUCUGCGUAUUCGAUAAUGACCCCGAAAGAGGCAUGCAGCUGUUUUCGGACUAUAACUUUGGAGAAUCACGGAAGUACGUUUCCAUUUCCUAACGACUCUGAAAACUAAUAGAAUUUACAGGUGGCAUAGCUACAAGCCUUUGCGCGAGCAUCCGACCAUGAGCCCGACUGAUGUGGUGUCCAACAAAAUCGGAUUCUUCGAAGAUGACGUGGAACUCACCUGGAGGGGAACCAUGGUUGGUCUGAUUAACAAAUUUAAAAAAGCCGGCCAGAGAGAUCAGAAACCAAUACAAGCCAUCGAGUAUUCGUGAGUACAUGUGCCACAUGUCAAAACAAGGGUUAUUAAUUUGAUUUCAGAUGGAAACGACUGACAAUGAAGGAGAUGUCAAGCACGGUCCUCUCCGCUUACUACAAUUAUGUAGAGUAUUGCAAUUUGCUCAAACUCGACAUUAAUGAUGACAAAGUAGCGAAACAAACGCCGUUGUUCCACGAAUUCUCAAAAGCUUUAAGUGUUCUUAUGCCCGCCACCGAAAUCACGAAACCAAUGAUUGCGGAAAAUUUUGACGAUUAUUAUUGUGAGUACUUUCUGACAAACCCUAACUUUCAAGUAACCAUAAUAAUUUCAGCGCUGCUCAGUAAAAUUGAAAUGUAUUCCACAUCAGUCGAACUUGUGAGUUUCAAUCUGCUUCAUUCAAGUUCUUCAGUAUUUUCUCGCCUUUUUUCAGACUGGCCAAAGACCAGAUGAGAAGCUCGGCAGAUACAUGUACGACUGCAGUCUGAUGCGCAACCGAUUCAUUAGCUUCGUCAACUUGUUUGAGUAUCGGAACGGCGUCGACAAUAGGCAAAGCAAAGCGAUGAUGACACGGCUGAUGUUGAAUUGCUUGAAUCACAGACAAGGUCAGCCACUGAAACGAGUUCUCCGCACUGCCUGAAACAACGAUUUGCAGAACUAUCGGUGUUUGAGAAGAAAAUGGUGAAAAUGAUCAAUGAUACGUCGCCCAACGUCGGGCAGUACACAAAAAUUACAAAAUUUCAAGAGAACUUGUGGGCAAUUUCGGAAACGCCAAAUCUGGAUACAACGUUGCCGAUCAAAGAGUUGAGACGGUUGUUGGUAAACAAUGCCCGUUACGUGAAGAAGAUCUUUGAGGAAUUGAAAGAUGGCCUUUUGAAGUUGGGAAUAAGCGAGUUCAGCUUUAGUACAUUGCGUUGAUUUUUUUGUUUUCGUAUGACCUAAAUAAAAAUACCGGACGUUUAGUUUUUCGAUUGAUUUGGCUUCAAACGGGACCACAACGUUUCGCAACCCGACAUUUCAAAACCGCGACGUCUCGAUACCCACGUGAACUUUAACAAUCGCCUCUUUCAAACUGUGUGUUAUUAUUGUGUUCUUUGUCAUCAAAGCCGUUUGUCUCAUGUGACUCCAUCCUUCCUAUCAACACCGCCUUCUUAUCUCAUACGGUAGCCUCUCGGUUUCUUUUAUUGGAUGACGGAAUAUCGCAUCGAAGUUCACGCGGUCCGCAUAAAAUGGAAGAAAAACGGAAAGCAUUAUCAAACUUGUCUCCUUCUCUCUCUCUCUCUCUCUCUCUCUCUCUCUCUCUCUCUCUCUCUCUUUUUUUCUCACUUUCUCGGGCAAACUUCAACCCUAUUCGAAUUUUAAAUGUGCGGUUUGAUUAUUAUCUUGCCUCCAUUGCCACCGUCUCUAUUCAUCAAGGCAAACAAACCCUGCCCGCAUCAUUUUCUCGUUUCACGGAGAUAAACGAAUCAGCAAUCUAUCACCGUCCGUUCAAACUUGCAUCAAGCGCCUUCGUUUUUCGAAAAAGGCCCGAUCCUACUGUUGAUAGGCGAGUUCCUCCUAUCUAGAUUUCGGCGAUUGUCUCUUUUUUUCAACCUUUCAAUGAUGAAACGCGCGCAAAACGAGUUUUUCUACCGGUCAUACACACCCUCCUCCAAACGUGAGACCGUUGCCAACUUCUUCUUCUCAUUGUCUCAUUAAAACAUUCUCGCGUUCUCUUCUCUUCUUUCGCCGUCAUCCUCUCUAUUACUGGUUCGCUAAAAGUUCCUUCGUGAUUGCAGUGAUGAAAAACAGGGGAAAGAGAAAUAAACCGAAGAAGUCAAAAUAUAUUCCAACCGAGGGUGUUGUGAACUAUGCCGCUGAUUACCGAAGUGUUGACGACAAAAAUGAGCAGAUAAUCGGUGACUUAUUUCGGUUUCUCUCUUUGAAGUUGAUCUUUUGAUUUCAGCUUCGGCGAAAUUCUUCAUGUCGAUGAGAAGAAAGCAUAUCAAAGAGGUUGGAAAGUGUAACAACAGAACAAUUUGUCAAGUUGAAGUUUAGGUUUUUGAUAACUGGGGCGAAGCUGCUGAUAAUUUGACUUUGGAGGAUGCGACUCUCAUUCUCAACGAGUUUCUGUCUCCCAAGUGCUCCCUUCUGGAAUUUGAAUACAAAAAUUUGACCAAGUAUGGAUGAAUUCUAACUUAAAGACAUAAGAAAAUUGUUUAGAGAGGGAAGAGAUCAGAAAGAGUCGGGAAAGACCAACGGAAAAAAGGAUUCUGUGAAUGAAAUCUGGCAAAAACACAUUCUCGGACACGUUUUGACCAACAACCAGUGAGAAAAGAGCAAGUUGAGAAACGAUUCAUUUCAUAAUUCAGAGCCGUCGCAUCUUCUUCGACGUCUGUGACCGUGCCCCCUCCAGAGCAAGAAAAAGAAGAAGAUGAAGAAGACGGUUUGGAGAGUCUGACUGCAGAAGAGCUCAAAUGGCUGAACAGCGUGAAGAACUCGAUGGACUCGGGCAGCUCGAGCAUGCAAUAUCCCGUUUUAGUGAAGAAUGAGAAGAAUCAGUUUCUGCUGGAGCCUGUCAAACCUGAAAUCGAAAUUUUCCGUUUGUUUCUUUUCCGCGUUUCAUCCUUCCUUAUUACUGUUUACAGAUAUUUACGAGAGAGCGAAGUCGUUCUUGGAUAUUGUGAAUGUCAAAACGGUUAGCUCGUUUUUGUGAUUCAAAAAAUAAACUUUUUUUUGCAGUUGAAAGUUUCCGAAGCCGCCAAAGCCAACAUCCAACUUGCAAUUGAUGAGUUCACAAAAUCUUAUACCCUCACUUUUGAGGCGAACACCGUUCUAGUGUAUCUGGAAAUUCUAGAGUCCCUCCGUAAUGAUAUUUAUGAAGCAACAACAACGAUUUUCGAAAAAUGUUGCAUAAUGCUACACGAAGCGCGUCAGUGGCCACAAAUGUCUACUGAAACGAUGUUGUCUUUGUAGAUCGAUCGAAAGAAACGCUCAACCUCUUGAUGGUAGCCAAUCUGUUCAUCCAAAAAUACCGAGAAGGAGACAGCGAUGACAGUAGGGGACAUGAUAAGAUACGGGGGAAAUAAUGAUUGAUCUUCUCAGAACUUCUCAGAACUGGAUUCGCUUAUUUGAACGAAAAGAUGAGAAAAAUAAAGACAAACGUUGGUCUUUUCGGACAGGUUGUCAGAUACACACACACUUUUUGCAGGAUGGAUACCCACCGAUGAACCCCUUCGUGUUGGACGUGGCUAGCACCUUGGCAACUGAAGAAUUCAAAAUCAACCAGGCGUAUUCCCUCUUCGCCACCGUAUACGAUUUUACCGCCUCUAAGUAG